UGAUUUCUUGAGAACUUUAUAGAACUUAAUUGUUGUUAAAAUGAAUCACUUGUGCUUUAUUAUUAUUGCUCUAUUCUUUUUGGUUCAACAAUCUUUGGCUGAACAUCCAGAAGAAAAAUGUAUUAGAGAAUUGGCGAGAACUGAUGAAAACUGCAUUCUUCAUUGUACGUAUUCGUACUACGGAUUCGUUGAUAAAAAUUUCAAGAUAGCUAAAAAACAUGUUCAAAAAUUCAAAAAAAUCCUAGUUACAUUCGACGCUGUUCCUAAGAAAGAAAAAAAGAAACUUUUAGAGCACAUUGAGGCUUGUGCAGAUUCUGCGAAUGCUGAUCAACCUCAAACUAAAGAUGAAAAAUGUACAAAAAUAAAUAAGUACUAUCGUUGUGUUGUGGAUGGAAAAAUAUUACCCUGGAAUAGUUAUGCUGAUGCAAUCAUUAAGUUUGAUAAAACCCUUAACGUAUGAAGCAAAGAUAUUCGAAAAAAAAAACAUCAAGAUUAUGCUGGAAAGAAAAAGAUAAAAAAAAUUGUGCUAAUCAAAUUGAAUUAACGCUUAAUGCUAAUUAAAAAAAAGAGAAAAAAAAAUAAAUUGAAAAAUAGUAUAUAGUGGAUGGGAAAAAAUUUUCUUGGAAUAACAAUUGUUAGAAACUUUGAAGACCUGAUGAAAAGCAAAAUAAAGCCGUCGAAAAGUCGUAGUAGACCCUUGCAAAAA